CCACCAUUUGUUGCGACAAAUCUACAAACACAACAAUCCCACACUCGUCACGCUAUCCACCACAAUGUCACGCGCUCAAGCUUCAAAGCACUACGCCCGCAUCCUUUCACAAUGGCCUGUCGACCGUCUGCGCCCUGAAAUCUCCUUUCAGUCCGUCCUGAAGAAGCGUCUCGAAGCCGCGCCCGUCGCACAAGUCAACCAGGCCAACACUGCUCAAGCAUCAGCACCCAAGCCGAGGAAUGAGGACCGCGAGAUCAAUGCCUUGUACUCGCUGCUCGAGAAUAGAUACACUUCUGUGUACCCUGUGUCUCCCAACAUGAUGCGCCCUCUCUCUGCGCCAGAUCACUACACUAAUCUUGUCAAAGAGCUUGAUGAAGUUCCCGAUCGCACGUUCUUCCAGAGAAUUGCAAGCCGCUUCAAGAGCAUGAUCCGUCUUACCUAGAGUACCCUUCGUUAUACUUGUUCGAAUACUGUAAACUAUCGUCAAAGGUCAAGACGACCUCUGCAGGA